UCCCAAGAUGGCGGAUCGCCUGCCUUCGGAGUUUGAUGUGGUGGUCAUAGGAACGGGUUUGCCUGAAUCUAUCAUAGCAGCUGCGUGUUCAAGAAGCGGCCAAAGAGUUCUGCAUCUGGAUUCGAGAGCUUACUAUGGCGGAAAUUGGGCAAGUUUCAGUUUCUCAGGAUUAUUGUCCUGGAUAAAAGAAAACCAGGAAAAGGCAGACCCUUGUGAAGAAAGCGAAGCCUGGAAAGAACUGAUCCUUGAAAAUGAAGAAGGCAUUCCUCUUGGCAAGAAGGACAAAACCAUUCAGCAUGUUGAAGAGUUUUGCUAUGCCAGUCAGGAUUCAGUGGAAGAUGUGGAAGAAGAUGGCGCGCUGCCAAAGCUCUCUGCCUUGGUCACUCCUGCUUCUGGUGAAGAUGUAGGGGAAGCUUGCAUUACUGCUGAUGAGGAGCGCUUGCCUUUAGAGGGUCAAUCGUCGGGAUACAAAAGUGAAGAAACCUCCCUGGAAAGUCCUGCAGGAAGCCACGCAGAACGUGCUGGCGGCAAUGACAGUGUAGAAGUCACCUCUCUAGGAGAGGAACACGGCCACAACAUAACCUCCGAUCAAUCAGUAUCGGGAACGGAGAGCAACGAAUCCGCAUCAAUAACGGAUGCUACUGCUGAACCGAAGCAAAUUACUUAUCCCCAAAUUGUUAAAGAAGGCAGGCGAUUUAAUAUUGAUUUAACUUCCAAGUUACUUUAUUCCCGAGGAUUGUUGAUAGACCUUCUGAUUAAGUCCAACGUUAGCCGAUAUGCCGAGUUUAAAAAUGUCACCCGGAUUCUUGCAUUUCGAGAAGGGAGAGUGGAACAGGUGCCCUGUUCCAGGGCUGACGUCUUCAACAGCAAGCAGUUGACCAUGGUGGAAAAGAGAAUGCUGAUGAGAUUCCUGACGUUUUGCCUGGACUAUGAAGAGCACCCAGACGAAUAUCAAGCUCAGAAGGAUCGUAAGUUUUCUGACUACUUGAAAACCCAGAAGUUGACUCCCAAUCUGCAGCAUUUCAUCUUGCAUUCCAUCGCGAUGGUUUCGGAGGCAGGCAGCUGCACCACCGAUGGCCUGAAGGCCACCCAGAAAUUUCUGCAGUGCCUCGGCCGCUACGGCAACACUCCGUUCUUGUUCCCUCUGUACGGGCAAGGGGAGAUCCCACAGUGCUUCUGCCGGAUGUGUGCUGUAUUUGGUGGUAUCUAUUGUCUGCACCAUUCCGUACAAUGCCUUGUAGUGGACAAAGAAACUAGACGGUGUAAAGCAAUCAUAGAUCAUUUUGGUCAGAGGAUAAAUGCCAACUAUUUUGUUGUGGAAGAUAGUUACCUUUCAGAGAAGACAUGUAGGAACGUGGGUUACAGGCAGAUCUCCCGAGCAGUUCUCAUUACCGAUCGAUCGAUAUUGAAGACCGAUUCAGAUCAGCAGAUUUCCAUUUUGACCAUCCCACCAGUAGAACCAGGCCAGCCGGCAGUUUGCGUCAUUGAACUGUGUUCCUCCGCCAGAACGUGCAUAAAAGAUACAUAUUUGGUCCAUUUAACUUGUUCAUCUAUUAAAACUGCUAAAGAAGACUUAGAACCUGUUGUGUGGCAAUUAUUCACCACGAUCACGGAAACAGAAAGCGAAAGUACAGGAGAUGGGGUUCAAAAGCCCCAAAUUCUCUGGUCAGUGUAUUUCAACAUGAGAGACUCUUCUGGUGUAGACAAGACUUCAUAUGACAACCUGCCUUCCAAUGUCUAUGUGUGUUCUGGGCCGGAUGGUGCUUUAGGAAAUGACUGUGCUGUCAGACAGGCCGAGGCCAUUUUUCAAGAGAUGUUUCCAAGCGAGGAGUUCUGCCCGCCACCUCCAAAUCCGGAAGAUAUUAUCUAUGAUGGAGAUGGGACACAGCUGGAGGAUCCUGGAUUCAGCAAUGAGUCAGAAGCCAAACCAGAAUCUUUGUCUGAAAAGAGUAGUGAAGAGACUGAGGAAUGA